GGAGCUCUCUCCAUCGCCAUCGCCAUUGUUUAUAAUAAGAACUCCGCAGCAGCUGCUGGCACCAGGAUAAUCUUUGUUUCGCGUUUGUGACACUCGUCUGCCGAGCCCGUUCGACAGACGACCGACUGUCGGCAUUCGAUCGAGUUUCCGCACUUGCCCGAAAUCCUGAACUGCGACUCAGUUUCCCCUGGUGUGAAAUAUGUGACUAAGGCUCUGGGCGAGCUCAACCAGAGAAUGGACGGUAUGGUGCAUGACCUGUCGACCGCCCUCGAGGAAUCCUCCGUGACCCGCAGGCAGAGGAACAUGGGCAGACGCCGUGCCAGAUCCACGGGAAACCUCCCCUUGGUAUACGGGGAGCAGAGCGAACAGUCCAGCAGCAGCUUGGAGGAAACCUUUCGCUCCAAGGGCGUGUCCAGCUUUCAUCAGAGUGAUUCCGAUGAGGGCAGUCCGCCGCCCCAGACAAGCCAAAGAGCCACUACGUUCCACCGUCCAGCAAUUGCCCUGAAAACGCGCCGCAUGGCCGGCGGGCCAAGCAGACAUGUCAACUGCAUCGAGUCCGAUUCUGUCAACGAGAACUUCUCGCCAAUCAGACCGACAACGCGAAGGAAGCGCAAAUUCAAGCGGAUGGCCAUUGACCCUCACGAUAUUGCAGGGCAGUCUUGUCUGCGGCCGCCGCCACCGCCAUUGGUGACCCACUGUGGACAACUCCAAAGCAAAAAGUACCUUCACCAUGGAUCUCGGGGCCCAACGCGCGACGGAGCCAGUAUGCUCCUUUGCGGCAAGAGAAAGCGCAGCGUCCGCGAACGCAGCAUGUCGGCCGCCGAAGCCUUGGAGUACCCGAACAGGCGGCUGCUCGCUUUCCAAAAACUCAGCAUCAACAGCUCCACCGACUGCAGCAGCAUGGACUGUGGUCCUGACAGCUCUGCAAACAGCGACCACGAUAGCAGUCUGAGCAGUUCGGACAGCGACCCGAGCAUUUACACUAACGACGAUGGCCGCGAGGCCGAUGACGAACAAAGCGACUGGGUCGGCGAGUGUUCAGGCACCGACACUGGCUGGUGGAUGAGGGACGCACCUGGGGCGGCAGGCCCUUCCUCAGCCUGCAAGCCGCCCGAAACUGUCUUCUCCGAGGACGAGCAGUCCUACCAACGCCGCUUCAGACUUCUCCGCGACUCAGUGAGUGGACGGGAAAUCCGUGCGGGCAGACGAAGACUGGAAAAAGGCCGGCCCGGCUUCAGCAUUUUGUCCUCGGCCAAUGAGAGACUGUCCAGGUUCCUACAAGACCCCCGUCAGACACAACUCAGGUUGCAUCCGAUUCGGAGCGGCGAGCAGGAGCAGCUGACCCAGCUGGCGCGGCUGUACUCGCUGAACGUGCAGCUGGCGCAGAACGGGCCCGAGUGCAGUUGUCCGGUGCUGACGAAGACGCGGCACACGAUGCGCGUCGUGCCCGGCAGCAGCACUCCGCAGGCGGUCAGAGGCCACGCGCUCAGCGACUACAAGCGCCGUCGCCGCUGUCCAGCCGCCCUCGGCCAGCCCAAGCCAGCCGAGCCGCCAGAGCCAGCCGUCCAGCCGUCGGACAGUGAACCAGUCAUUGCCAUCGUCUAAAAGCUAAGCCAUGGAUUUGUGUUCAUGUGUUGUUGUUUUGUUGGAAAUUGUUCUCGAAAAUUAGAGGUUUCAGCCAGCAAGCGCUGCGCUGGUCACGUUGGCAGCCGCCAGCCGCCCGUGAAAAUGGCGGAAAUCUCGCGGCUGAGACCUCUAUCGAAAAUUCUUAUUUUGUCUGAUGGUGCUUAAGAAUUUUAUUUUUUGCAGCCAUGAUGGUUUAUGUUAGUUCAAUUUUUACCGUGCAAAGGGGUAAAUAAUGCAUUCUACUAUUAUUUACACCUCACGCAAGUCAGAACCGUGUAUUUUCAAAACUUAAUAAAUGAGUUCUGCUAUAAAAUAGGAAGUCUUAGUCGCUUAUCUGUCACUGAAUGCUUUAUGGGUUUCAAACAAAUUGAUUUCUAAUAUUCAGUUAGCGCAAAGUCGCGGAAAAUUGUCCAUCUGACCAUCUCUCGCCCCGCCACUUUUUGUAUCCCUCUGCAUCUGGUCGGAAUGAAAAUUGCUCCAGUUGGUAGUACUGUCUGAGUGACAUCGCCUAGUAUACUAACUUCCCUCCGAUCAGCUGGUUCGUGUGCGCGAUGCAGAGGGAUAAACAAAGUGGGCGGGGCGAGAGAUGGGUCAUUUUUCCGCGGCACGAUAUUAUUUGUUCAAUUUUUUGCGUUCGGAACUGCCAACAGAUUGUGCCCUGGUUUCAAAUUACGUCAUCUGUGAUUUAAGGCUCAUUCCUGCUGCAAUCGAUACCAGGAUUGAUUUAUUUUGACAUGUUAAAAACCAAAACAAGUCCAGCCAAUCGCCAUUGAAAAGCAAAAAUAAAAAAUUGCUUAUAUUUCUAUAGAGAUUGGCUAGACUGAUUUUUUAUUUCAGCACUCAAAAGAGGUUAUUUUGAGUUUUUAAAAGGAUUCGCAGCAGGAUUAGUGCCAUAAAAUCUUAAAUAACCAGCGGUGCCAUCUAUUGGAGGUUUAGAAAUUUGAACUCAAGCUAGGGAAGUGCAAUAUUCGCCCCAAAAAUUUGGUUUCUAUUCCUCCCUGGCAAAUUCCUCCUGGUCAGCGAGAAAAGCGAUCUACUUGCCCGCGGCGGAGGAGUGCAGGCGUUCUGAUUGGUCCGCGGCGGUAUUUUUUGCUAUCGUUGGCCAAUCAGAAGCACCAUGACUCCGCCGCGCGAAAAUAGAUCGUUUGUCAACAACUCAUAACAGUUGAAUAAAAAGAGAUUCAUUUUAAAGAAAUGUAAACAGUCUUUUUCUUGAUGCGCACACAAAUAAAAUGCGCAAACUUUACUUUUAUCACUGCCGCGCAUGCGCAGUUAUCUUUAGCCAUUGAGUGACGCAGAUAAGCAAUUAAAACUUACUUAAAUAAUUUGUGAUUAUCAAAUUAAUAUAAGCUAUAUGCUACUUAGAAUUGUUGGAGUCUAAUUAUGUUCGCCGUAAAAACCAAAGUUUUGUUAGGGCUGCUGAUUUAAUAGAUUACUCAAUGUUAGACGCGACAGAGAGAUAAUUUUGACGGAACAAGUUUCCCUGGUCAGUCACCACCGCAAUGGAAGAAGACAUUCCUUUCUUUGUGUCGCUAAAAUAUCUCAAUAUUAAAUAUAUUAUUAUUUUACCUCCGUUCGAACAAAAUGUGUGUUACGAUAUAGGUGUUAAUCUCAAUCCUAAUCAUUCUUCUUCCAACGUUUGUACUUAUACCAUAGUCUUAAGAGUCACCUACUAUUUUAUUUUGGGUCCUAUCUAUUUUGUUAGAGAUAGAUCUCUACAUCUACCUUCUCCAUUAAUAGUCUGAUCGAGCGCUUUAACGUGUGUACAACUACCAUGUGGAUAAUAAAAAGCAACUCUUUGGUGUACAGAAUGAAAAAAAA